AUGAUAUCAGAUUCUGUACCUAUUGAACUCACACUCGAUAUAUUAUCGAGACUGCCAGAAAAGUCAAUCGCGAGGUUUCGUUGCGUGUCCAAACUAUGGGCAUCAGUACUUGGUGGUCAAGACUUCAAAGAUUUGUUCCUGACGAAGUCCUCGGCUCAGCCGCGUCUCUUAUUCGGCAUCAAAGAAAACGGCAAGUGGAGCAUCUUCUCGUUACCUCAGCGUCUGAGUCCAUAUGAGAAGCUUUCAUCAUCUCUUGUAGUAACCCCAGAAUUUCAUAUGAAGUUCCCGCCAGAAGAUAUGACGAUAUAUAGUUGUGCUCACGGAUGUCCAUGGGCAUAUGCCUCUGGUUUGGUAUAUUUCUAUGUUGAUAAGGAGCAAUGGUCAUACUUUGGUAGAAGGCCUAUGAUAUGUAACCCUAAAACGGGGCGGUAUGAGGCAUUACCUUUUAUCUCGAGGUACAGAAAGACUUAUAGCUUUUUUGGGUUUGAUCCGAUUUACAAGCAAUUCAAGGUAUUGUUCAUGCGUUAUCCAUUUGGUCCUGGUGAUCAUAGAAUUAUGACAUUAGGAACUAUGGGAAUGAGGUGGAGAAAGAUCAAAUGUUCCUUACUACAUGAGUGUGUGAGUGCAGGGAUAUGCAUUAAUGGGGUUUUGUAUUACUUAGGUGACUCGUCUGCCUGUGUGAACAAUUAUGAGCAGAUAGACGGUUUUGUGAUCGUGUGCUUUGACGUUAGGUCUGAAAAAUUCAGUUUCAUUUAUCAAGAAAGCUCUUGCAAAUUGAUAAACUAUAAAGGUAAAUUAGGUGUGGUUUAUUAUGAUGAUCAAGUUGAUGAUGAUGCCAUUGAGUUGCGUGUGUGGGUUCUAGAGGAUGUGGAGAAACAAGAAUGGUCUAAGUAUGCCUACACUUUGAGGGAUGAUAGAUUCUUCCUGCGUGACGUUUUCGUUGUCGGAGUGAAUUCUACGGGCGAAAUUGUUUUGUCGAUGGCAAAGUACACAUCUAAUCAACCGUUUUAUGUUUACUACUUUAAUCCCGAAACGAACACUCUCCAACGAGUUGAAAUCCAAGGUUUUGGAGAAUACCAUGAAUCCUCCGAUAAACCUAGAAGUGUCUAUGUCUUUGCAGACCAUGUAGAUGAUCUUAAUGUUCACGAUUCAAAGCUACUCAAGUCAAGUAUCUCUGUUCCAUAUGUGUAUAGAGAAGAAUCAGAAGAAGACGACAAAGACUAUGAUGAGUAUGGUUCUCCUUGUUUUUCUGGUAAAAGGAAGAAGAAAAAGAAGAUGAACAUGAACUUGAAAAAGGGCAUGAGGAUAAUAAUGAAGAUGAUGAAGAUGAAGAGGAAGAAAAGAUAG